UGGGAAGCCACUUAUCUGCAGACUUGUGGGCAGUAACUCACCCUCACUCAGCGGUCUUCUGGCUCUGGAAACAACUCUAGCUCAGCCUUCUCCACCAUGAGCCUCAGACUUGAUACCACCUCUUCCUGUAACAGUGCCAGACCACUCCAUGCCCUGCAGGUGCUGCUGCUUCUGUCACUGCUGCUGACUGCUCUGGCUUCCUCCACCAAAGGACAAACUAAGAGAAACUUGGCGAAAGAGGAAAGUCUAGACAGUGAGUUGUACACUGAACUGCGCUGCUUGUGUAUGAAGACAACCUCUGGAAUUCAUCCCAAAAACAUCCAAAGUUUGGAAGUGAUCGGGAAAGGAAUCCAUUGCAACCAAGUCGAAGUGAUAGCCACACUGAAGGAUGGGAGGAAAAUCUGCCUGGACCCAGAUGCUCCCAGAAUUAAGAAAAUUGUACAGAAAAAAUUGGCAGGUGAUGAAUCCGCUGAUUAAUUUGUUCCGUUUCUACCAAACUUCUUUAACCCCCAGGAAGGGUAGAAUUUUGAAGCCUUGAUUUUCUAGAGUUCUCAUUUAUUCGGGAUACCUAUUCUUACUGUAUUAAAAUUUGGAUAUGUGUUUCAUUCUGUCUUAAAAAUCACAUUUUAUUCUGAGAAGGUUGGUUAAAAGAUGGCAGAAGGAAGAUGAAAAUAAAUAAGCCUGGUUUCAACUCUCUAAUUAUUGGCUAAACAUUGGACUGUGCUUUGCAUUUUUUUCUUUAAAAAUUUCUAUUCAAACACAGCUUGGUUGGUUUUUCCUGCUCUACUUUAUGGUUAUUAGACAUACUCAUGGGGAUUAUUAGAUUUAAUAAUGGGCAAUGAUAAUAGGAAUCACAUGGAGCCCAGCAGAGAAUAUUUGCUCAAUACAUUUUUGUUAAAUAUUUAGGAACUUAAUAUAGUCUCUCAGUGUCUUAGUCCUAGGAUGUCUUAUUUAAAAUACUCCCUGAAAGUUUAUUCUGAUGUUUAUUUUAGCCAUCAAACCCUAAAAUAAUAAAUUGGUGAAUAUGAGUCUUAUAAUCUGUGCUUAGUUUAAAGUGAAUAUAUUUGCCACUAGUAGAACAAAAACAGAUGAUGAAAAUGAAUUAACAUAUCUAUAUAGUUACAAUUCUAGCAUUAGAAUAAACCUUAUAAAUAAGUACAAUAUAGGACUUCAGUCUUACUAGACUCCUAAUUCUAAAUUCUACUUUUUUAAUCAACAGAACUUUCAUUCAUUUUUAAACCCUAAAAUUUAUACCCACACUAUUCUUACAAAAAUAUUCACAUGAAAUAAAAAUUUGCUAUUGAUUUGUUGUCAUAUAUUAUUAAUUUUAACAGGAUUGUUGGAGGAAAAAAACUUUAAUUUUCCUUUUUUGUGUACUUGGUAUUUCACAGUAUGACCAACGAAAGUUACUAAAUUGAUGAUCUGUGUCAUUCUCAAUGUAGUAUGAUAAUAGUUCCAAUUUAUUAAUCAUUUUAAUAUGCCAGGAAUACUAAAUGUUUUGCAUGCAUGAACUAAACAAUUUUUUAAAAGAUAGAUAUGAUCUGGUUAAAAGCACGUCCUCUGGAAAAAUGGGGAUAAUAAUAUUGCCUCCCUCAUAGAGUUUAUGGAAGGAUUAAAAGAGUUAACAAAUUUAAGGCAUUUAAAAUAAUGUAUGUCACAAAUAAGCCAUAUAUAAAUGUUAGUAAUUAUUUCUUAUGAUUAUUAUUAUUCUCCCCCUCAUUACAGAAGAGAAAAAUCAAGUUUAUAGAGUUUAAAAUACUUGCCCACUUUUAGCUAACUAAGUAGGUAACAGAGUGGUAAUUUCAAAUUGUGCUCUUAACUGCCACACCACAGUGCUUUCCUCAACUCUUCUUUCUCUAAUGAAGAGAUUACAUUACAUAUAACGUAGUAUUAUUCACAUACAUAAUACAACUUGAUACAUAAAUAGCAUAUUGUAUAUACUAUAAUAAUUAUAGGAUAUCAGGCAUCUCACUCAUUAUGUCUGGUGGUUUCCCACUGAAACUUGACAAAACCAGCUCCUGAGACAUGGCACAGUGUUGACACCAUGUUUAUACCUCCUGAGAUGCAGAUGUCUUCUGUUUUUGUGUGCAUGUAUUGAGUUAUUCUGUUUACAUGCAGGGAAAGAGUAAUUUAGUUGCCACUCAGUGCCACCUGGAUUCCUUUACACUGCAAACAUUAAAAUCUGGGUGUAAGAUUGUACAAACCUAGCGUGUUGCCCAUCCAUAUGCAAAAUCAUCCCUCCCCUUCAUUCUCUCUGCUGCUAACUCAGAAGGGGCUUCAAGUCUCAGGUUAAUAAACAUGUAUGAAUUACAAAA